CAAACCCAGCGCCUAGCUGCGCUCAGAGAGAAACGCCCUAAAGAGGAGGGAAGAGCGCGCGCGGGAGGGAGGGCUCCAGGGAACGGGGACGAGCUGAGGCAGCCGGCGGCCGAGAGGAGGGAGCGGGCACCGGCGAGGAGGGAGCGCCGCGGCACAGGCGAGCCUGGGACCCGGAGUGCGGACUUUCCCGCAAAGUGCCAACUUCGCUAGAGAGUGCUGGGCGCGCACCUUCUGGGCGCGGGGGAAAGGUGGCGAGAAUUUGAGAUUUUUAGGGAAGAAAAUCGGAUUGCUCCCGUCCCCUUUCCCCUGUUACAAAUCCCCAUUAAAAAGACAAACAAGAAUAACAGCAAACUUGCCAUCAUCCUGUCUGUCCCCUACUCCUGGCACCAUGAAGGCGGCCGUCGAUCUCAAACCUACUCUCACCAUGAUCAAGACGGAAAAAGUCGAUCUGGAGCUUUUCCCCUCCCCGGAUAUGGAAUGUGCAGAUGUCCCACUAUUAACUCCAAGCAGCAAAGAAAUGAUGUCUCAAGCAUUGAAAGCUACUUUCAGUGGUUUCUCCAAAGAGCAGCAAAGACUGGGAAUUCCCAAAGACCCCCGGCAGUGGACAGAAACCCAUGUUCGGGACUGGGUGAUGUGGGCUGUGAACGAAUUCAGCCUGAAGGGCGUGGACUUCCAGAAGUUCUGCAUGAACGGAGCAGCUCUCUGUGCACUGGGGAAAGACUGCUUUCUCGAGCUGGCCCCAGACUUCGUCGGGGACAUCUUGUGGGAACAUCUGGAGAUCCUGCAGAAAGAGGACGUGAAACCGUAUCAAGUUAAUGGAGUCAACCCAACUUACCCAGAAUCCCGUUAUACCUCGGAUUACUUCAUUAGCUAUGGUAUCGAGCAUGCUCAGUGUGUUCCUCCCUCGGAGUUCUCAGAGCCCAGCUUCAUCACAGAGUCCUACCAGACACUCCACCCCAUCAGCUCAGAGGAGCUCCUUUCCCUCAAGUAUGAGAACGACUACCCCUCGGUCAUUCUCCGGGACCCUCUGCAGACAGACACCUUGCAGACUGACUACUUCACCAUCAAACAAGAAGUUGUCACGCCAGACAACAUGUGCAUGGGGAGGACCAGUCGUGGUAAACUCGGGGGCCAGGACUCUUUUGAGAGCAUAGAGAGCUACGAUAGUUGUGACCGCCUCACCCAGUCCUGGAGCAGCCAGUCAUCUUUCAACAGCCUGCAGCGCGUCCCCUCCUAUGACAGCUUCGACUCCGAGGACUAUCCAGCCGCCCUGCCCAACCACAAUCCCAAGGGCACCUUCAAGGACUAUGUGCGUGACCGUGCUGACCUCAACAAGGACAAGCCUGUCAUUCCUGCUGCUGCCCUGGCUGGCUACACAGGCAGCGGACCGAUCCAGCUGUGGCAGUUUCUUCUGGAAUUACUCACUGAUAAAUCCUGUCAGUCUUUUAUCAGCUGGACAGGAGAUGGCUGGGAAUUCAAGCUUUCUGACCCAGAUGAGGUGGCCAGGAGAUGGGGGAAAAGGAAAAACAAACCCAAGAUGAAUUACGAGAAACUGAGCCGCGGCCUCCGCUACUAUUACGACAAAAACAUCAUCCACAAGACGGCGGGCAAACGCUACGUGUACCGCUUUGUGUGUGACCUGCAGAGCCUCCUGGGGUACACGCCCGAGGAGCUGCACGCAAUGCUGGACGUCAAGCCUGACGCCGACGAGUGAUGGACCCCAAAGGGACCAGGGAACCCCUGCUGAGACAUUUGCAAGAACAACCACGUCGGUUGGACUCUUCAUUUUUAAUUGUUAUUCUAUUUUUAAUUUUCCAGAACUCAUUUUUUUACAUUCAGGGGUGGGAGCUAAGCGAGCUGCAGCUAUAAUCUAUUGUGCGUCAUUGGAAAAGGAGAGCAGGACUGCUGGGGUGGGUGGGGCAAAUUUUCAGGAGAGAAAGGUCUUCUUAGAAGCUUGAAGAAUCUUGCUUAAGGGAGGACGAGACUAAUGUGUCUAAAGGUUUAUAAAAAUCAUCCGUGAACAAAAGUCUCAAGUUACAGACUUGUCACCAAAAGAAACUGAGACAUCCUGAGUCAUGAGACAGAUGAAAGGUGAUUAACUUGCUUCUGUUUCUGGGUCUUGGGGGGCGGGCAAAAAAAGAGAGGUGGGGUAGGUCAUUUUGUUUGGGGGGUGCACAAAACUCAAGGACUAUUUACCUUUUACUGUACUUUUUAAAAUGAAGAUGAACUUCAGACUUCACUGGGGAGGGCCCAAAAUUGUUUUUUUGUGUGUGUGUGUUAAAACUUAUUUUAUUAAAUUUUGUGCCAGUAUUUUUUUUUCUUAAAAAUCGUCUUAAGCUCUAAGGUGGUCUCAGUAUUGCGAAAUCAUGCAAGUUUGUUUUCAUUUGCCAACUGAAGAUUCUGUCACGGUGAAAGAAAGCUGUUUAUAUAGACCCCACUGGAAACGCAAAGUGCUGUCACUGAGCUCGGGGAUCCCAAACGCAUGUGGCUGUGUAGAUGAAGGGAAAAAUAAUGUGGAUUUGGAAACAAGGGAACUGUGCAUGUGAAUUUCAAAUGUCAUUUUAAAAAAUUUUCAUCACGUCCCUCUACUUAUUUGUCAUCAGUGGAUUCUUGGGGUUUAGACUUAACGUUGAGCUAAGAAGCAUUAAGUCUUGAACUGAAUGUAUUUCGCAGCCCCGGUUUGGGACCACAGUAAAUGUGGGAGCACUGUUGACGUCAUGGAAAGGAUAUCGAAGGAGGAACGUUGACUCUGUUCUUUAUUGGUUCUGGACCUGUAACAUGGGACUUGGAAUAAAAGCUGGGUGCAUGGGCAUUACUCCCGAGGUCUUGAGAACGAAGUCCUGAAUGUGUGUCAUUCCAAACUAAUGCUCUACACUUUCUCAUUUACGUCUACUCUUCCCAGCCUCCCGUACUUCUUGCUUCCCUCCCACCCCCACUCUGUUAUUCAGUGCAGAGAAACAUGCAGCUUUCUAAUUGUGGAGUGAAAGAGUAACAGCAGACAUGACAUGAGUUGAAGAGUGUCUGAGAAAGCCAUUUAGACUCACUGGGUUUUUGGAGCGAUGGAAAUUAAGGGAGCUUAUACAAGUCAAAGGGGGCGUGGCUGUCUUUGGGAGGAGAAGCGCAAGGCUUUCCUUUGAAGAAUUUAACUAAGCUGGUUGAGUUGGAUGUCCGGUGAGACUGAGCAUGCAAAGUGAAUAGUGCAGCUGCUGGUGGGGUCUUGCUCUUGGGUCUGUUACCGUGGCACAGGGUAAGUGCAGGGCAAAACUGCAGAAGAAAGGGAUGACUAGAAGACAAGGGAAACAUAAGAAUAGGAGCUUGAAUGAAGACAGUAAGGUGGUCCAUGAGGUUUGCAUACAACUUUAGUUUCCUCAUAAUGUUGCUACAGACUUAAUCAACUGAGGCAGUUGUGAUGGGUAAUCUAAAAAGAGGGUUUUGCAGGAGAAGGGACCAACAUCUAUUAAUAAGGACAAGUUCCUAAUUCAAUCAGAAUCCACCCCCCACCCCCCAUUAAAGAGAUGCCCAAUUGAAAAAGGAGACAAUGGGACGGCUUUACAGACUACAGGGAGAGAGGCGAAGAAGCAUUGAAAAUGGGCUUCUCAGAACCGGCCUUUCCUGGGCUCUAGCUGAGAAACUGAAAGUACAAUACAAACAAUCUUCUAGCGUACCUUCAAGAAAGGGCAUUGUUUGCUCCCAGGUCCUCUUGCAGACCUGCAUCAUCAGGAACUUAGCUCUGUGAUUCGUGAGUGUCCUCAUACUGAUAAAUUGGAAUGUCUCCUUGGAAAGCAAAGGCAGAAUUAGCCCAGCUGUGUAUUUUGAUCUUCUUCCAAAUGCAGGUGCCUUAAUGAAGCUCUCGAACUGUUUUAAGAGCUGCUCAGGGAGUGUUAGGCGGAACUGUUGGACUACAUUGUUUUUUCGUAGAUUAUGUGAUCUUAGUUGGGCACUGGCGAAGGUGUGCAUGUGCGUGCGUGUGUGUGUGUGUGUGUGUGUGUGUGUGUGUUUGCAAAACUGCAGCUGAGAUAAUACCUGGAUUUUCUAGGUAUGCCUUUCCACACUUCAGUGACGGGCGAGAGUAGAACCAAGGCUGGGCAUCAGUCGUGGCUUGCUGUUUGCAGCCCGGCAUGAAAUCAUUUUCUCAGUUCAUCAACCUUUCGCAUUACAUUUAUGCUGAAAACUCCCCUUAGUGAGUGUCUAACUCCUACAAUAAUUCCAUAGCAGCUAAGAUAUAAGAAAGUGCCUCCUCAUGCUCCUCAGCCUGCCUGUCCGCUAAGAUGCCUUUUUCUCUAGGUCCACCGUUCUCAGUAUUUAUAGAUAGUUUACUAGUUAAGACAGCCUUGUUGAUCUGGCCAGAUGCUUUUUCUCCGUCUGUCCAAAGGCCAAGAGACCAUCCCAGGAAGAGUGGCGGGUGGUUUAUACACUGGAAAUGCAACAGAAUUGUUGCAUUUAUGCUUUUUAAAAACACAUGUUAGCUUCAGAGGAAGGGUGGGCAAAUCUGGCAUAGCUGGGAGAAACCCUUAUUUUCCUGAAGAUGCCUUAACCCACGUCAGUUUUGGCUGCAGGGUUCAGAGUCACUUUUGUGCCCUUCCUCAUUCGGGGCUGGGGGACUUCCCUACGAGGAGCCCUGGUUUUGUGGCGGUGGGGACUGGAGGUAGCAUUCCAAGAUCAGAUGUGCUCUUCCUCACUUUGGAGAUGAACACUCUGGGUUUUAGAGCAUUAACCUGCCUAAUCUUCAUGAUGAAAACAACACCCUCUCUCUUCUAGCCAUGCUGUGCAUGCUGCUUUCUCUGUUGGGGUCUAUAUAAAUGCGUUCGCUCUUACCUACAUUCCAAAGAAGUGUCGAGGAACCAUAAAUAUAUGUAUACAUAUACAUAUAUAAAAUAUAUAUAUUAAAAUGAAAUUAUCUCUAUCAGGAAUACUGCCUCAGUUAUUGAACUUUUUUUAAGAAGACUUUUUUUUAAGCUGAUAAAUAUAGGGGUAAAAAGAUGUUAUAUUGUGUUUGACUAUUUUCCAACUUGUAUUUUCAUAUAAUUUAUAUUUUUUAAAAAGCUGAAAAUUUAAAAGCAAGAUGAAAAAAAAGGAAAAGCAGGUGCUUUUUAAAAAUCAGAACUGAGGUAGCUUAGAGAUGUAGCGAUGUAAGUGUCUAUGUGUUUUUUUUAAUGCAAGAAAUUUCUUAUGGGGGUUUUUGUUUGUUUAUUUUAGUAGCUGAUGCUGGCACAUCAUUUUGCUGGAGAGUUUUUUAUAUACUGUAGCUUGAUUUCAUAUUGUAUUUUAAACUGUGUGAAAUUAAAAAACAAAGAAAUUCAUUCAUAA